AGUCUAUGAGCAGAUCCAAAGAAAAGACCGCGGUGUGAAAACUUUUAUAAACUUCAUCCUAUAAAAGGAAAUAAGUGACAAAGUGCCACACGUGAUUUGUUUGUGACAAGAUCAUCAUGAUUGGAAAACUAGUACCUAUACUGUUCCUAUUGGGAUCUGUUCUUGCUGGUGACGCAGAGCCCAGCACCACAGAGAAGACUACUACCGCUAAAGUCACCACCACUGCUGCUACCACGACCACCACUGCUAAACCCACCACCAAAGCGAACGGAACAGAAUCCAUAACUCCUUAUAAACCGUUCGAAGGUGUCGAUCCUAAUACUCUAUCUUGUGAUCCACAGGGACAGAUAUUCCUUUUAUUGCCUCACUUCACGGACUGCACGAAGUUCUUCAUGUGCGCGCACGGCGAGGAGGUCCUGUUUGUAUGUGCCGGUGGACUUUACUUCGAUUUCGAGAGACAGACAUGUAACUGGCCGAGAGAUACGAAUUGCAUACUCCGUAACUUGCCUGAAGAUAAUGACGUGGAAGGAUCAGGAGAGGAGGCUUUCGACUGGCUCUCUGAUAACGCCGACAAGCAUUCCGAUGGUUCCGUUGUCAGUUUGACAGCAGACGCGGUGCUGAACGCAGUGCGACCGCUCUCUUUGGAAACUCCCCCUCGUAGCACUGGUAACAACAUUAUUCUCAACUGCUUCAGAGCCGACUCCGCUUCCAGACAAGUGCCUUACAAGGGUGACUGCCAGCGUUACUGGCGCUGCAUGAACGGUGUGCCACAAGUGGCAUACUGCACGGACGGCCUCUUUUUCAACGAGAGGACCCAGCAGUGUGACUUCGAAGCGAACAUCACGUGUCAAGUUGAACAAGAAGACGAGUUGAAAAGCGAGUUCAUCAAAGUCAAAUAAACCAUAAACAAUUAUAGAAGACCAAAACAAUAACGUAUGUUUUUUUAAAAUAU